CGUCGGAGGCGGCUGGAAAAGCCCAAGGUGCUGCCGUUGCGAGUACCAGUGGGACCCGCCGCCGCCGGAGCCGCCCCGCGGCGAUGGAGCCGGCCGCCGCGCUGCCCCCGGGCCCGCGCCCCGCGCUGCCCCUCGGCGGCCCCGGCCCGCUGGGCGAGUUCCUGCCGCCCCCCGAGUGCCCGGUCUUCGAGCCCAGCUGGGAGGAGUUCGCCGACCCGUUCGCCUUCAUCCACAAGAUCCGGCCCAUCGCCGAGCAGACGGGGAUCUGUAAGGUGCGGCCGCCGCCGGAUUGGCAGCCACCAUUUGCAUGUGAUGUUGACAAACUUCAUUUUACCCCUCGUAUCCAGAGGCUGAAUGAAUUGGAGGCCCAAACUCGAGUAAAACUGAAUUUCUUGGACCAGAUUGCAAAGUACUGGGAGUUACAGGGAAGUACUCUGAAAAUUCCACAUGUGGAGAGGAAGAUCUUGGACUUGUUUCAGCUCAAUAAGUUAGUUGCAGAAGAAGGUGGAUUUGCAGUUGUUUGCAAGGAUAGAAAAUGGACCAAAAUUGCCACCAAGAUGGGAUUUGCUCCUGGCAAAGCUGUGGGCUCCCAUAUCAGAGGGCAUUAUGAACGCAUCCUCAAUCCCUACAACUUGUUCCUGUCAGGAGACAGUUUGAGGUGUCUGCAGAAGCCAAACCUGAACACAGACACAAAGGACAAGGAGUACAAACCUCAUGAUAUUCCCCAGAGGCAGUCUGUGCAGCCCUCAGAAACAUGUCCCCCAGCCCGACGAGCAAAACGCAUGAGAGCAGAGGCCAUGAAUAUUAAAAUAGAACCAGAAGAGACCACAGAAGCCAGAACUCAUAACCUGAGACGACGAAUGGGCUGUCCAACAACCAAAUGUGAAAAUGAAAAAGAAAUGAAAGGCAUCCUCAAGCAAGAACCCACUGAGAAGAAAGAACACAUUAUAGAAAGCGAGAAGGAAAAACCCAAGAGCCGAUCUAAAAAAACCACCAAUGCUGUGGAUCUUUAUGUCUGCCUCUUAUGUGGCAGUGGCAACGAUGAAGACCGGCUUCUCUUGUGUGAUGGGUGUGACGACAGUUACCACACCUUUUGCUUGAUCCCACCUCUCCAUGAUGUUCCCAAGGGAGACUGGAGGUGUCCUAAGUGUUUGGCUCAGGAAUGUAGUAAGCCACAAGAAGCAUUUGGCUUUGAACAAGCAGCCAGAGAUUAUACCCUCCGUACUUUUGGGGAAAUGGCGGAUGCAUUCAAAUCUGAUUAUUUCAACAUGCCAGUCCAUAUGGUUCCCACAGAACUAGUUGAGAAAGAAUUUUGGCGACUGGUAAGCACUAUUGAAGAGGAUGUCACAGUAGAAUAUGGAGCUGAUAUUGCCUCAAAAGAAUUUGGCAGUGGCUUCCCUGUCCGAGAUGGGAAAAUUAAACUUUCACCUGAAGAGGAGGAAUAUCUUGAUAGUGGCUGGAAUUUGAACAAUAUGCCAGUGAUGGAGCAGUCUGUCCUUGCUCACAUUACUGCUGAUAUAUGCGGCAUGAAACUUCCUUGGUUGUAUGUGGGAAUGUGCUUUUCUUCAUUCUGUUGGCAUAUUGAAGACCACUGGAGUUACUCCAUUAACUACCUGCACUGGGGUGAGCCAAAAACCUGGUAUGGAGUCCCAGGGUAUGCUGCCGAGCAGCUAGAAAAUGUAAUGAAGAAACUAGCUCCAGAGCUCUUUGUGUCCCAGCCAGAUCUUCUCCAUCAGCUUGUGACCAUCAUGAACCCCAAUACCCUGAUGACUCAUGAAGUGCCUGUUUACCGAACUAAUCAGUGUGCUGGGGAGUUUGUGAUUACAUUUCCAAGAGCCUACCACAGUGGUUUUAAUCAAGGUUUUAAUUUUGCUGAGGCUGUUAACUUCUGCACUGUCGAUUGGCUGCCAUUAGGCCGACAGUGUGUGGAGCAUUAUCGCUUGCUUCACCGCUAUUGUGUAUUUUCCCACGAUGAGAUGAUUUGCAAGAUGGCUUCCAAGGCUGAUGUACUAGAUGUCGUAGUGGCUUCAACUGUUCAGAAAGAUAUGGCCAUUAUGAUUGAGGAUGAGAAAGCUUUAAGAGAAACUGUUCGUAAAUUGGGAGUAAUUGAUUCGGAAAGAAUGGAUUUUGAGCUGUUACCGGAUGAUGAGCGUCAGUGUAUAAAAUGUAAAACCACAUGCUUCAUGUCUGCCAUCUCCUGUUCUUGUAAACCUGGCCUGCUUGUUUGCCUGCAUCAUGUAAAAGAAUUGUGUUCCUGUCCUCCUUAUAAAUAUAAACUGAGGUAUAGAUACACUCUGGAUGAUCUCUACCCCAUGAUGAAUGCACUGAAGCUUCGCGCAGAAUCUUAUAAUGAAUGGGCCCUGAAUGUGAAUGAAGCUUUGGAGGCAAAGAUUAACAAAAAGAAAAGCCUUGUCAGCUUUAAGGCUUUAAUUGAAGAAUCCGAAAUGAAGAAAUUCCCAGACAAUGAUCUUUUGCGUCACCUUCGCUUAGUCACACAGGAUGCAGAGAAGUGUGCCUCUGUUGCACAACAGCUGCUUAAUGGCAAAAGGCAAACUAGAUACCGAUCUGGUGGAGGAAAAUCCCAAAAUCAAUUGACAGUGAAUGAGCUCCGACAGUUUGUGACACAGCUAUAUGCUCUUCCAUGUGUCCUCAGUCAAACACCUUUACUAAAGGAUCUUUUGAACCGUGUAGAAGAUUUCCAACAGCAUAGCCAGAAAUUGCUCUCUGAGGAAAUGCCCAGUGCUGCUGAGCUGCAAGACUUGCUAGAUGUCAGCUUUGAAUUUGAUGUUGAACUUCCACAGCUUGCUGAGAUGCGUACCCGUCUGGAACAGGCCCGUUGGCUAGAAGAGGUGCAACAAGCUUGCCUAGACCCCAGCUCCCUUACAUUAGAUGAUAUGAGACGUCUCAUAGACCUAGGGGUGGGUCUGGCCCCAUAUUCAGCCGUGGAAAAAGCGAUGGCCCGACUUCAGGAACUGCUCACAGUGUCAGAGCAUUGGGAUGACAAAGCCAAGAGUCUUCUCAAGGCCAGACCUCGGCAUUCAUUGAACAGCCUUGCUACGGCAGUUAAGGAGAUUGAGGAGAUCCCCGCAUAUCUGCCAAAUGGCGUAGCUCUGAAAGACUCAGUGCAGAGAGCCAGGGACUGGCUUCAGGAUGUAGAGGCCCUGCAGGUUGGAGGACGUGUGCCAGUGUUAGACACACUCAUAGAACUUGUUACACGAGGUCGAUCUAUCCCGGUACAUCUGAAUUCUUUACCAAGACUGGAAUUACUAGUAGCUGAGGUUCAGGCUUGGAAAGAAUGUGCUGCUAAUACAUUCUUGACUGAGAAUUCUCCAUAUUCUCUCUUAGAGGUGUUGUGUCCUCGAUGUGACAUUGGCCUUUGGGGAUUGAAGAGGAAACAGAGAAAGUUCAAGGAGCUCUUGCCAAGUGGAAAGAAGAAAAGCACCAAACUAGAGAGUCUGAGUGACCUGGAGAGAGCUUUAAGUGAAAGCAAGGAGACUGCUUCAGCUAUGGCAACACUUGGGGAAGCUCGCCUGAGAGAAAUGGAAGCCUUGCAGUCUCUCAGACUAGCCAAUGAAGGGAAGUUACUGUCACCUGUCCAAGAUGUGGAGCUGAAAGUCUGCCUAUGUCAGAAGGCCCCAGCUGCCCCUAUGAUCCAGUGUGAACUCUGCAGGGAUGCCUUCCACACUAGCUGUGUGGUGGUACCCAGUAUUUCACAAGGCCCCCGAAUCUGGCUUUGUCCCCAUUGUCGGAGGUCAGAGAAACCUCCUUUAGAGAAAAUUCUGCCCCUGCUGGCCUCCCUGCAGCGUAUCCGAGUUCGCCUUCCUGAGGGAGAUGCACUUCGAUACAUGAUUGAGAGAACCGUGAACUGGCAACAUAGAGCCCAGCAGCUGCUUUCAUCAGGGAAUCUCAGAUCUGUGCAAGAUCGAGUGGGCUCAGGACUGUGGUAUAGCAGAUGGCAAGCUUCAGCAGGACAGGUGUCUGAGACCAACAAGGUGUCUCAGCCUGUGGGCACAACAUCCUUUUCCUUGCCUGAUGACUGGGACAGCAGAGCCUCGUAUGUACACUCUCCCUUCUCCUCUGGCCGGAGCUGUAUCCCCCUCCAUGGUGUUAGUCCAGAAGUGAAUGAACUGUUGAUGGAAGCCCAGUUGCUCCAGGUAUCCCUUCCUGAAAUUCAGGAACUUUACCAGACUUUACUUGCAAAGCCAGCCCCUGCUCAGCAAACUGACCGAAGCUCACCAGCUAGACCCAGCAGUGAGAAGAAUGAGUGCUGCCGCGGGAAGCGAGAUGGAAUCAACAAUCUUGAGAGAAAACUUAAGAGACGCCUGGAAAGAGAAGGCCUCUCCAGUGAUCGAUGGGAUCGAGUGAAAAAAAUGCGGACCCCCAAAAAGAAGAAAAUCAAACUGAGCCACUCCAAGGACAUGAACAGUUUCAAGUUAGAGAGGGAGCGUAGCUAUGAAUUAGUCCGUUCUGCCGAAACCCAUUCCCUGCCCUCAGACACAUCCUAUUCCGAACAGGAGGACUCUGAGGAUGAAGAUGCCAUCUGCCCAGCUGUGAGCUGCCUGCAGCCAGAAGGAGAUGAGGUGGACUGGGUCCAGUGUGAUGGCAGCUGCAAUCAGUGGUUUCACCAGGUCUGUGUUGGUGUUUCUCCAGAGAUGGCAGAGAAAGAAGACUACAUCUGUGUGCGCUGUACUGUGAAGGACGCACCAAGCCGAAAAUAAAAAAUACAAACACAAACACCCCCCUCACCCCCACCCACUUAAUGUAAUUCAGGACUCCAACCGAGAAGAUUUCUUCAAUUUCUCAGCAAAGCUACAGGACUGGUAUUCAAACCAGCCUGUAAACGGUGCUAUUUCUAUUCCUUACGGGAUCAUUUUUCCAGAACUCUUUGAAAAAAAGAAAAAACAACUAAAAAAUUUUUUGACACUUUUUGUAUUUUUUUCCUUAAGAGCUGUUUGUGGUUGUUGAGGUUUGAAAUGCCGACUGCUUUUUUUGCAGGGGUUUCCACCAAUUUGGAAGGCAUUGGAGCUUGCACCUUUUCAUGUACAGCAUUAAAACCUUACCUCUGUCUGGGAUUUACCGGCUUAAGAGUCCAACUCAGUUUCAGUGCCCAGAAGGGCACCAGAAAUUCCAGUAAAUCCUCAUUUGAGGAAUUUCUCUCUUGUUUACUCUGUUACCAUAUCGGGGAACUUAAGUUUUUCACUUUUGGGGUUUUUGUUUCUUUAUCCGCUUUUCUUUUUCCUGGUAGACUAGGUUUAUUUAUCUAAGCAAUAACUUCUAUGUUGGUUUCAGUGGCUGGAAUUAAAACAAAACAAAACAAACUUUCAAACAGUGUGUUGGUGCUUUAGCAUUUGGUUGAUGUACAGAACACAAAUGUCUAGUUUCUAGUGUCACUGAUGAACUAGUGAUGUAGAAAAGAGACUGCUCUGUAAGUAAUUGCCACAGCUGUAUUUUGGCUUUUCCCCUGCCCUUUCCUUCCUCUCCUAUUUUUUUGGUAGCUUGUAUCAAAUGUUGCAGUUUUUAUUGUGGAAUAAAUCCUUGGUCCUAAUUUAACACUAAAUGCUGGUUAUUUAGAGCCAUUAGACUACAUACAGCUUCUCAUGCCCCUCUACCUUGUGGGCUUUGAAGAGCGAGAGGGGGGGUUGCUUGCUUUUGCCUCUGCCCAGCCAGGCUAUAGUAGCAGUGUCUGGCAGGCCAUAUGCCUCCAGUCUCUGCUAAUAAAGAACCCCCGUCCAGUCUUCACCGAAUAGAAUUUGUCUUUAAAGCCAUGCUUUUUUAAAUAAGAUUUUCAGAAUGGUGGCAAGUCAUUCCAAUCCUCAAGUCAGCCCUCCUUGAGGAAAUGAUGUCUUUAUUAUAUUUGAAUUGACAGGGACACUUGGUGUUUAGGGUUAAGAUGUCCAAAGGAAAUCUAAGGAAGAUGAUCCUUGCGGAGGGCUAGGAAAUUAUGGGUCAAGGGACAGCUUGUGAACACACAGGCUCUGCCUCCGUGAUUUCGUUUCCUGUCUUUUUCUAAUUCUAGCUCUUGUUACUGGUUGUUGAUAGUCCACAGCCUUUCCCGUCUUUUCUUUUUCAAAGGGCUCUGUUCUGCAGUGGAGAAGACCUUCUGGUGAACAGAACAGACUCUUGCUUGGUUUUUCCUCUUCUGUUGGUAAUACUUAUUUUCCCCCGUUCUAUAGCCAUAAACCUGGAGAUGGGUAGAACUAGUAGGUCUUUAAUAAAACAAAAACAGCAGUUUGUAAUGUAGCAGAGAUUUAAAUGUACUAUAUCCCCUUUGAUGCAAUUCAAAUAAUUAAAUCUCUUUAAGAAUGA